AUGCGAUUGCGUUGGCUAUACUUGGUCUUUCUGCUGCUGCUGCUGGAUCAACUAGCAGCGGCACAGCGCCGUCAAGCUCAGAGGACACGCAAUGCGGGGGUUGCCCGUGCCAGGAAUCAGCAAAAUGGGGGUGUUGCAACUCUGAGACGUAGCCGUCCUCAGGCUCGGAUCGUAAACAACAGCAACGGCAACAGCAAUUCGAAUCGACUCAACAAUCGCCGGAGGAGAGCAAAUCGCUUGAGAAGAUUGAACAGAUUGAACAAUCAGAACAGAAAUAGAAGGAAUCGUGCAACCAGAAACUCAACUUCUGCUCGCAUUGUCGGCGGCGUCCAGCCGCGCAUAACAGGUGGCUCCAAUACACCGAUCAGCUCGAUGAAAUAUCUGGUGCAAGUGCAUCGUGGCGACAGUCUGUGUGGCGGCUCUUUAAUUACCCCCCAAUGGGUCCUGACAGCCGCCCACUGCGUAUCGGGUUUUGAUGCCUCCUCUUUUUAUGUCAUCGGCGGCACAUCCAAACUGAACGGAACGAAUGGUGUGGUGCGCACCGUCACCUCGACCCACGUAGCGCCCUUGUACACCAAAAAAGUGAUGAACAUGGAUGCCGCACUACUGAAGCUCAACGCGACGAUGACGGGCACAAAUAUUGGAACCAUUGCAUUGGGUCAGCGUAUGCCACGGCCGGGCACUAGAGUCAGAAUUGGUGGAUGGGGCGCCUCCAAGGAGGGUGGCAAUGCGGUCACAAACUUGAGAGCGGUGCAGCUAAGAGUCGUCCGUCAGCGCUACUGCAGAGAGGCCUAUAAAGGAUCGACCCCCAUUACCAAGAGAAUGUUCUGUGCACAGGCCAGGAAUAAAGAUUCCUGCACCGGUGACUCGGGCGGCGGUGCAGUGCAAAAUAACAAGCUGAUGGGCAUUGUAUCCUUCGGCACAGGCUGUGCCAGGCCCAACUAUCCAGGGGUCUAUACCCGAGUGGGCAACUUACGCAAUUGGAUUAACAGAGUCAUUGCAAAUAAUUGA